CUUGUCAUGUGACUUCUGUCGCCAAUGCAAACAACAUGGCGGCGACAGCAGCUCAGGGAGAGCGCCGAGAACCAUACAUUGGGGAAAAGAGGCGAUUUAUGAGAGAUGGAUAUGGGACUUAUGUGUAUGAAAACGCUUUUUUUCGCUAUGAAGGCGAAUGGAUGAAAGGCAAGAAGCAUGGUCAUGGCAAGCUGCUGAUGAAGGAUGGAACAUAUUAUGAAGGACAGUUUGUAAAUGGAGAAAUCAAUGGCCAUGGUUACAAGUUCUUCGCCUCAUCUGAAGCUAAAUACACUGGGCAGUUUCUCAAUGGUGAAAUGCAUGGACAUGGGAUUAUGAACUACAAAAAUGGGAAUAUCUAUGAAGGCCAGUGGUACAAAAACAAAAAGCAAGGAUUUGGAAUUUUACGAACGGGUGAGAGGUCUGUCUAUGAAGGAAGCUUCCAGAGUCACUGCCGAGAAGGUGAAGGCACCCAGACCUAUGACUCAACUUAUAAAAAUCUCAGCAAUGGCGACAGAUUUGAAGGUUUCUGGGUGAUGGACCAGCGGCAUGGGCAUGGAGAGCUGUGGUGUGCUGACGGCUCACACUACGUGGGUCAAUUCUUAAGUGAUCUUUUCAAUGGUGAGGGAACCAUGACCCAUGCAUCUGGCAUUGUUUAUCAAGGCAUGUGGAUUGAUGGUUACCCAGUUACCAUGGCAACAAAACUGGUCCUUAUUGUGGAGGAGCAGCCACUCAUCAUACGGCAAGGUCUGCCGUUCUCUGUACGAGUUGAGUGUCGUAACGAUAACGAUGAGAUCGUUCCAGAACAAGGGCGAGAGAUCCAGGUGAUGGCAGGAUUCAAGUACAGAACACCCAAGGAAGGAUCAGCUCUCUUUGAUGUCAUAGAAGAUGUGGAGGACAAACCGAUUCCUACUCCAUUUGGCUAUGACGUGGUGCCGUAUCCUCUCACUGACCAAGCUUUUGAUGUAGAGGUAACCAUGGAUGCUGUAGACGCCAAGGCUGAUGGCGAUGGGAAACUAGAGGAGGAUGGUGAUGAGAAAGGAGAGGAGGAAGGAGAGGAGGAAGGGCUAGAAGAGAUGGGAGAAUUGAAAGAAGCCAUUGAGGACAUAGCCAAUGUACCUGCGGAGGCGAGUGCUGAUGAGAAGGAUGGGCCUCAGGAGGGAAGUCGACCAGCGUCACCGGAGCAACAGGCACAAGAAGCUGGAGUUGAUGAAGGUGCUGCCACCACGGCUGCUGCUGCAGACAGCAAGCCCGAGGGUGUGUCCGCCCUUCUACCCCCGGCGAAGACUCAGCCUUCCCUUCUAGGUGUGUGUGAGUGGCACACGCUGCAGCUGGCCCCGCCCCCUCCCAUGUACCGGCCGUUUGUCAUCAUGGAAGAGGAGGCUGGUCAGAAGAAAAAAUCCAGGAUUGCUCAGAUGAGGGAAAAAAUGGGCGAGGGCGAAGAGGAAGGGGAAAAGGCCGUGUCGGAUGUAGCGGAAGAAUGGGAUGAAGUGGAGAAGUCGGUAGCGGAUGCAGAAACAUCUGCAGACGAGAAUCGAGAAAAUGAAAAAGUUGAAGCCCAAGACUUGAAACAGAAGCUGACUGUAUCUUACGUCGAUGAGACUGAGGUCCAAGAUGACAGUGAACGUAAAAAUUCUCAGUUAGGUGGGCCCGCUGUGAAAGCUUCUCAGGAACCCGACAAGUCUACUGUAUCUGAUGAAAAAGUGGCGAGAACAGGUGAAUACAUUCUCAUCGUGAAUGACGUGACCAACCCACCCUUCAUGGGUUGCCGUUUGGAGCCUGCCUUCCUAAUGCUGAAGCUGAAGAGACCAAAGAGGGUGAUUGUGAAGAAACCAAAUGAUAGAGACAGGUGGGACACUCAGAGACAUAUCGCCAUGGCAAUGAGCCGUUCAAACUCCUCCUACCCAGACCAGUGAAGAAGACCCGAUGACAGUCUCCCUGCAGCUGCUGCUGCUCCAGGCUGACCAACAGCGUAGAUUGUAGACAACAAAACGGGUCCCUCCACUUUUAGGUAGUUUAGGAAAGAGAAGCAUUAGGUCUAUCCAGCCAUAUAAUAAAUGGCCAUUUAUUUAGUGCUGGGAAAAGAAGAACAGAACAGGGCGAUGAAAUAUAGAAGCCUCCAAGGGGUGCCCUUCACUCACCCACUUGCUUUAAGAAACUAAAUGCACAUAAUGUCCUUGAAAGAACAGAGUUGACUAGAUACUGUUUUAUUGUUCAUAGAGAAUGCUAUUCUUAGGCAAUGAGAUUUUCUUUACUGCUCUUGGACUGCAGAGGAGACACUUGUUACUGGAGUGACAUAUCUUAUAAAUACAAUCUUCGAUGUUGCAUUAGUCGUUAAUGAAUGUUCACCAACUGUCUGUUCAGUUAUGGACUUUUCGCCACUGCUUCACAUAGUUUUUCUGCUGAGUUUUUUGUUCAGUUUUUCAGAAGUAAAUUUCCAACUUAUAGAAUCUAUAUUCAGACCUUCAUCUCCUGGUUAAAAAAGAUUAUAAGGAUAUUGAAAACUAAGAUUAGAUUCUUUAUAAAUUAAUGAAAAAAAUACAAAAUACCAGGCCCUGAAAUGUAUCUUAUAUCUAAAUCUCCCAGACAUCAAAAUAUGCAAGGAUUAAAUCCAGGGUGUUGGGGCAUGGGAUAAAAAGCAUUUUUUAAAAUCCUGAAAUAUAAAGUGUACAUAAGCAGAGUUUCUGCUAAAAAUGAUCAAUUUAAAUCGAUUCUAUAGUUGUGCAAUUGUAUUGUUUGUAUUAGGAAACAAAACCUUGACAGAAGGAGCUUAUGCAGACACAAGAACAUAUGAAGUCUAAUGGGCCACUUACCACCCUUAUACUCUAAACUGGGAAUUCCAUUGCUUUGUUUCUUCUUCCAUAUAUGCGAUUUGCAACAAAUCAGCUUCAAAUCUAUAAUAUUCUUGCUUUGUCAAUUCUCAAUACUUGACAGCAUACCUGUGAUAAUUUGUUGUUAUAAGUAAUAAAUCAAACUGUUAAAACACAAACAUUG